GGGGCGAGGGGGAGUGGCCUCGCCGAGCACAGGCUUGAGGCUGAGCUGCAGCGUGGGAAAGAGGGGCAGAAGUCCUUUCCAUUGAGUGGCGCUGGACGGGUGACGCCAAAAAAGAAAGGAAAGGAAAGCAAACCCUUGAUUUCUCCUGAUUUGCCUCUGUCUUUGGACUCUGGACUGGUUCCUGGGGCCACCAUGAAGCGGCCGUGCGAGGACACGACCUCCGACAGCGAUAUGGACGAGACGAUAGACGUUGGCAGCGAAAAUAAUUACUCCGGGCACAGUGCCAGUUCUGUGAUCCGAUCAAAUUCUCCUACAACAACAUCCCAGAUUAUGGCGAGGAAAAAAAGAAGAGGGAUUAUUGAGAAAAGGCGUCGUGAUCGUAUCAAUAACAGCUUGUCUGAACUGAGACGACUCGUGCCAACUGCCUUUGAAAAACAAGGAUCUGCCAAAUUAGAAAAAGCAGAAAUCCUGCAAAUGACAGUGGAUCACUUGAAGAUGCUGCAGGCGACGGGAGGGAAAGGUUAUUUUGAUGCACAUGCUCUUGCCAUGGAUUUUAUUAGCAUUGGUUUUCGAGAAUGUUUGACUGAAGUGGCGAGGUAUCUGACCUCAGUGGAAGGCCUGGAAUCAUCCGACCCACUCAGGGUUCGACUCGUCUCUCAUCUCAGCACCUGUGCUUCUCAGAGGGAAGCGGCUGCAAUGACCUCGUCCAUGGCCCAUCACCACCACCAUUUACAUCCCCACCACUGGGCCACAGCUUUCCACCAUCUCCCCACAUCUCUGCUGCAGCAAAAUGGACUACAUUCCUCUGACGUCUCCCCAUGCAGACUUUCAACGGCAACAGCGGAAAUGCCUCCCCACGGCUCGGCUCUUCUCACAGCCACUUUUGCCCACGCUGAUUCCACGCUUAGAGUGCCUUCUACUGGCAGCGUUGCUCCCUGCGUCCCACCGCUCUCUACCUCGCUUCUCUCCCUCUCUGCCACUGUGCAUGCUGCAGCCGCAGCCGCAGCUCAGAGUUUCCCUUUGUCUUUUGCAGGAGCAUUCCCAAUGCUCCCACCAAGUGCAGCAGCGGCAGUGGCGGCAGCAACAGCAAUCAGCCCACCAUUGUCUAUAUCAACAACUGCAAGCCCUCAGCAAUCCAACGGGAACGGGAACAGUAAGCCCUACCGACCAUGGGGGACUGAGGUUGGAGCGUUCUGAAUUUCCUUUCAAAGCCUUUCCCAGAACAUUUCCGCAACUAUGACAGAAAGUGCUUCACAGAAGAGGGAACAGGUGUAACUGCUAUGUGGACUCCCAAAAGACAGAUGGCAAACAAUGUACCUAUUCUGCCUUAAGUCUGGCCAAAGUGGACAUAUUUUCUUUCUUUAAAUUUGGUACCACCCCAGACAUCAAAAAUUGUCAACAUUAUGACUCCCAUUUUGCCAUGUAGAGAUUUCCUGAGAAAUAUAGAAACUGUAGAAUCAAUCCUCUUGCUAUGCAUUAUUAUCAGAGAAAUGAUGGAUUAUAUGACUGUUAAGAAAAACCUUUUCUGAAAGAUGAAGUCCAAAAUGUUUUGAGUGCCUGCCCUGUUCCAAAUGUGUGGUGUGUUUGCAUGCAUGUUUAGAAGUCUUCCUUUCUGAGGCAAAUUGUAUUGCACAAAUAUGAGGAAGAUGCUAGAAAGAAAUAUGCAGAAAUAUGGAAUUUUGUGAUGAGAUCCAGAAUAGAUAAUACUGUUCUUGAACUUAUUAGGCUGGGAUUUGUAGGAAUCAGUGUGAUCUAAGCAAACUGACCACAUCCGUGGUGACAGAAUAGCACUAAGGGAAUUGGAUGUUGAGUCUGCACGAACCAAACCUGGUCUCACUGAUUUCCUUUCAUUAUGCAGACAUGUCAAACAAUGACAUGGAACAUCAUGAUAAAAGUAUGGUUCUUUCCAGUGUUUGGUUCAACCAAGUACUGGCCUCCUGACACUUUCUUUGAAAGGAAUGGCUUACGAUUAUACCCAAGUGUGUUUAUAUGAGAGUGUGAACAUCAGGAUAGUUCUUUAUUGGGAUGAACAAGCUUUCUCAUAUCUUUGGCUGCAUUCUUGGGCGGGGGGGGGGGGGGGGAGGAUAUAACCUGUCAGAGACUGAACCAGCUGAAGCCAGCAGUGAACAGAACAACAGCCAAAAAUUACACAGCCAUCCCUUUCCCUGUCACCUUCCCAUUUUCUGCCCAUCCCUUAAAUUAGAAAAUUGAUUGCAUGCCUCAGUGAGACUGCAGUGUCUCACUGCGCCUGUCCUAUAUGAAUACAAAUUAUUUUACAAAUAUCCACAUCUGAUUUGUUUGUUUCCUUUUGCAAGCUAAAACCCAGCUUCUUCCUGAAGGGAUGCAAAUCCUUUAAUUCCUUCUUUGUUGUCACUUGCUGGGUACAGGCAUGAAGUAGUAAGUAUGGUAUAUUCAAUGGAAUCCUUUUGGUUGACUUUUGCCCCUGCCCAUGUUUUUGUAUGGCCUUGAUUCACAACCCAAACCAAGCUAUUAAGGAUGUAAAUUAUUUUCUUACUUUCAAGGUAAGCAGUGCUACAAAAGUAUUUUGCCUUUUUUAUUGCAACAUGAAAUAACAUUCAUUGACUCAGGAGAUAGAGAGUUAAUGUUGGGAGCAAGUCAAUUAAAAGCACAGCAUGUAUUACUAUGCACUUCAUUUCUCUGCUGUGUGGAGAAAGCAAUAAACAUGGAGAAUGUUAAACAUUAUGCAAAAUAUACUUUUAAAAUAUUUGUUUUAAAAAUACUGUUUCUAGUUGGGAGGAGGUAGUGGAUGUUUUGUUAAUCCUUUUUUCUAUGCAAAAUCCUUUACAUAUCACUAAUUAAAGGAAGUCCUUUUUGACUGA